AUGACCGGCAAGGGCACGUCAAGAUGGGCCGACACCGAGGAAGACGCAGAGCUCGAGGCAAAGCGCAGCAGCGAGAGGGAGAAGAAGCGGCUGAAAAAGGCGCAACGUCAAGAAGAGGAACAAGGCGACGGCGCCAGGCCCUUGAAGCGGCGCAAACUCACGCCCCUGGCUGACGCAGACGAGGCGCAGGCGCCGCCGACGAGGCUGCUGCCGAGGCUCGAGGCCGGCAGCUGGACCAAGAGCCGGAGUGUCGACAACUACGACAAGCUCAACGACAUCGAGGAGGGCACCUAUGGCUGGGUCGCCCGCGGGUCCGACAAGGCCACCGGCGAGGUCGUCGCCCUCAAGCGCCUCAAGCUUGAGCCCCACGACAGGAGCGGCCUGCCCGUGACGGGCCUGCGGGAGAUACAGGUCCUGCACAAUUGCAGGCACCCCAACAUUGUCGCCUUGAAAGAGGUUGUUGUCGGCGACGACCUCUCCAGGCUCGACAACUCCAUCUUCCUCGUCCUCGAAUUCGUCGAACACGACCUGAAGGGAAUCCUCGACGACAUGCCCGAGCCCUUUCUCGCCUCCGAAGUCAAGCGUCUGCUGCUCCAGCUCACCCAGGGCGUGGCCUACCUCCACGACAACUGGAUCCUCCACCGCGACCUCAAGACGUCCAACCUCCUCCUCAACAACCGCGGCCAGCUCAAGAUUGCCGACUUUGGCAUGGCCCGCUACGUCGGCGACCCGCCGCCCCCGAGGCUCACCCAGCUCGUCGUCACCUUGUGGUACCGCGCCCCCGAGCUGCUCCUCGGCACCCGCUCCUACGGCGCCGCCGUCGACAUGUGGAGCGUCGGCUGCAUCUUUGGCGAGCUCAUGACGCGCGAGCCCCUGCUGCAGGGCCGCAACGAGGUCGACCAAAUGUCGAGGAUCUUUGAGCUGUGCGGCGUGCCCACCGAGGAGUCGUGGCCCAAGUUCCGCCGCCUCCCCAACGCUGGCAGCCUCAAGCUGCCCAAGACGCCCCUGACGACGGGCUCCGUCAUCCGCGCUCGCUUUCCCAACCUGACGACGGCCGGCGCCGCCCUGCUCAACAGCCUGCUCGCCCUCGACCCGGAUCGAAGGCCCACGGCCGCCAAGAUGCUCCAGCACGAAUACUUUCGCCAGGACCCCAAGCCCAAACCCGAGAACCUCUUCCCCACAUUCCCCAGCAGGGCCGGCCAGGAACGCAGGAAGCGGCACGAGCCCCACGCGCCCGUCCGAGGUCGUGCCGCCGCCCUCGGCGAGGUGGACCUGAGUGGCAUCUUCCAGGGCCGCGAUAGAGAGGAGAGGGGAGCUGGCUUUACGCUGCGCAUGGUCUAG